AUGGCUGAGGCUCCUCCUUUCCCAUCUCCCACCAAACGGUGGCAUAGAACAGCACAGCCAUCCACAUCACCUUCCCGUCCUGAGCUGUCUGCCCGAGGCAAGUCCGUCAUCGUCACAGGAGGCGGCAGUACUGGUAUCGGCGGCGAGACUGCCCGCUACUUCGCCGAAGCCGGCGCGUCUCGCAUUGCCCUUCUUGGCCGUCGACAGAAGCCCCUUCUCGACAACAAGGCCUUUAUCAACAACAAGUUCCCCGACGUCGAGGUCUUCACUUUCUCCACCGACGUGACUAAGAAGAGCGACGUAGACGCUGCCUUUUCCCAGUUUGCCGGCACCGGGAAGAUCAACGUCCUUGUCCACAGCGCCGCAACCAUCGGGCCCAAGGAGACGGUGGCGGAUGCGGACGGCGAAAAGUAUCUCGAAGCCAUCCAGACCAACCUCGCCGGCUCGUUCUGGGUUGCGCAGGCGUUCCUCCACUACGCGGCGCCGGACGCAGUCGCCAUCACCAUCAAUUCGUGGGGUGCGCAUCUAAGUCUCAAUGACGCCUUUUCUUCAUACUGCGUCGCCAAGUUGGCGGUAUAUCGGCUCUGGGACACCGUGGCGCUUGCGAACCCAACCUUGAGCGUGUUCCAUACUCAGCCUGGCGUGGUACUCACUGAGAUGAACUUGAGCGUAGGGGGAGCCGAGAGUUUCAAGGACGUCAAGACCGACGACGUUUCUCUCCCAGCGAGCUUCAAUGUUUGGCUCGCCAGCCCUGAAGCCCGGUUUCUGAAGGGCAAGUUCCUCUGGUGCAACUGGGACGUGGAUGAACUCAAGGCCCAAGCAAAAGAGAUUGAAGCGGGAACGAAGCUGAAUAUCGGCCUUGUAGGAUGGCCGUUUGAGAAUCCGAGUUAG